AUGAAUGAAUUUAUUAGCAUUAAAAGUUUAGACAAAAUACUUUAUCAAAGACAACCUUAAAAACAGAAUUCAUGUACUCCAACAAGUUUUUUAACACCAAACACAUCUCCAAAUUCUAGAUUAAGAAUACUAAGUCCAACAAAUAAAUUAGAUUAAACUGAUAAAUUCAAUCAAACUCAAAAUCCUUCUCAAUAAUUUAAAACCAUGAUUAAAAGAGAUGCAUUAAAAAAGAAAAUGAAUCUAUUAACAGCAAAAUUAUAAACAAAUAAUACUUAAAUCAUUAAGGAAGAGAAUGCUUUUAGUGAUAGAUUAAUUAUAACUAGCUUCGAAAAAUUUGUUAAUGAAACUGAUCAAAAAUCAUAGAAAUUAUUUAAUUGUAUUAGUAAAUCACCAAAAAGCAUUUCUAAUUCAUAACAUAAAAUACCUGUAAGUGAAGAACAAAUAGAAAAUUUUGAAAAGAAAAUCAUAAAGUAUUAUAUUAAAUUAAUAUAGAACUAAACAAAUUUUAUAAGAGAAGAGAGAAUAAUUAAAAUAUGCCAAAUAGCAAUAUUAGUCUAAUAAGUAAUUAUUAUAAUAACUGAAAUUUGAGUUAGAUUAACUCAAUGAAGAUCAAUAAAUACUUGAAAUUAGUACUACUAAUAGAUCUUUGAAGGAUGAAAUAGUAUAACAUAGGUAAAAUUUAAUAAAACACAAACAGAUUUUAUUAAAAGUAGAUUAAUUCAUUUCUAAGUAUUUAAAGGAAUAAAUGUUCACAUAAGAUUGUUAAUUUGGACAUUAUAUCAAUAAAUUCAAUAAUAUUUUUAUGUAAAUGCUCAUAACUUUAGACCAAUAAAUCUGA